AGGGUGCGUUUUCCAUUUGCAAACUGUUUGCCUGAGAAAGGUUUUACCUUUUACCACACCCCACACUUGGGACUCCUGUUGGCAGUAGCUUGGUGGCAGUAACCUUUUGUUGACACUCGUCAUCAUAAAUUUUAAUAGCCCUCUCUCACCUGACCUAUCAGCUCUAUGAAGUGAAGGGCAGUGUCUGCCAUUCUAGUCCCCCAGUGUCUAGCUGUUGGGGAAAGUCCUUGAGAGGAUGUGACCACCAGCUGCCCAGAGAGCUGGGCCCUGGCAAUCUGACAGUUGUCAGGAGUGCUGGAUCCUGGGGCACAGGGCGGCUCCUCACUUGCUCCCCUGUCCUUGGAAUGAAAGUUCUGCCCACACUAAGAGAGGUUUCAAGAAUGCAGCCUUAAGAGAGCAAUGAGUUGUGGAGACCAUCUGGACGGUACACAUGACUGAACCCAGUUAGGGCCUCUAUAGAAACGGCAAGAUUCUGGCCUGUGGGUGUGGAGACCUACUCGUCUUGUGGCCUCGAACUUGGCUUGAUUCCAAGAAGAAAGCGAUCAGCCUUCCAGGCAGGAAGUCCAGCUCUGGUGCUAGGACACGCAGCCUACCGGACUGCCCCAGGCCGGGGUCUCCAACGUGCCAUGACCCUGCGGGACGUGUGGCUCUACCUGCGUUCAGCAACUUGAAAAAUUCAGACUUCAGACAGUGUCAGAAACUGCAGCCUCCCGGAAUCGUGUACAGUCCAGCUCUUAUGGAAAGCCAGCCUGAGAGAAGCCCCAAGCUCACCUGACGCAGAUUAAAGCAAAGAUCCCUGAGUAACUGCAAAUGCAGGAACACUUGAACCCUCCAGGGUAAAGAAUCUGUACCAGCAUGUCUGCUUACUACCGGCAUAACGAGUAUGAGGACGAUCCAGAUUACCCUGACUAUUCAGAGUCUCGGAACUACAUGCAGGGGUAUUUGAAAACUCAGCGUCAUCCAGACUCUCCAGGUCCUCUGAACAACUCAGAUUACUCUCAAACCAGGAGCAAUCCAUACUCUGCAGGCUCCAGAACAAGUUCAGACUAUUCCAGGUCUCUAGCAGGAGCAGAUUAUCCUGGAUCUUGGAGUCAUCCAGACUACCGUGGCACCAGGAGCAAUCCGUACUCUGCAGGUUCCAGAAGUUCAGACUAUCUCGAGUCUCUAGCAGAACCAGAUUAUCCUGGAUCUCAGAAUAAUCCAGACUACCCUGGCACCAGGAGCAAUCCGUACGCUGCAGGCUCCAGAACAAGUCCAGAUUAUCGCAGGCCUCUAGCAGGAGCAGAUUAUCCUGGAUCUCGGAAUAAUCCAGACUACCCUGGCACCAGGAGCAAUCCGUACGCUGAAGGCUCCAGAACAAGUCCAGAUUAUCGCAGGCCUCUAGCAGGAGCAGAUUAUCCUGGAUCUCGGAAUAAUCCAGACUACCCUGGCACCAGGAGCAGUCCGUACUCUGCAGGCUCCAGAAGAAGUUCAGACCAUCCUGGGUCUCUAGCAGAGCCAGGUUAUCCUGGAUCUUGGAGCAAUCCAUAUCAUCCAGGCUCAUCUAGAGAGCCAGACUACUCUGAAUCUCGACGAAAUCCUGAUUUUGCAGGUUCUAAAACCAGUGGAAACUAUGCAGGCUCCAGAACAAAUCCUGGUGAUCUUGGCUCCUUUGAAGAACCAGACUACCCUGGAGCUCCGGGAAUCUCUAACUAUCCCGGUCCCAGAGACACUUCCAACCAUCCAGGAUCCAGAAGAAAUCCAGAAUAUGCUGGUUCCAGAAUCAACUCAUCUAUAGACGUUCUGAGUGAGCCUGAUUAUCCGGGUGCUGAGAAUCAACCUAACUCUUCAAACUUUUUGGGGGAACCAGACUAUCCCAGUGCUGAGGACUAUCAGCAGUCUCCAAACUUUUGGGGAGAGCCUGAUUACCCACAUGCUGAGGAUGGUCGAGAUUAUGGCUCUUCAAAGACUCCAGAAAUGACCAGGGAGGUGCUCCGCAGAACAGCUCCAAUCCGGUCCUCAUUUCAUCAUCGGGGUGACAGCCCCGUGGGCAUCCUUGUGAGAGAGAAUGAAGAUGACCCUGAAAGCAUUGAGAUGAACUCCAUGGAGAUGGAAAAUCCGUAUGGCCUCUCUGUGCCAGGUGCUCCCACCAUUGGCUAUGUGAAUCCCGCGUAUGUGGGUGAAGGUCACCCCGAGCGAGCUUAUAGAAACCCACUGCCUAGGAGCGAUUGGCACCAGUCACCCCAAGGACAAAAGUUAAUUACAUCUCUGAUUUCCAUGACAUCCAGAGACAGAAUGAAAGCCAUCAGGAGUCAGCCAAGGACCAUGGAAGAGAAAAGGAACCUCAGGAAAGUAGUUGAUAAAGAGAAAAGGAAGCAGUCCCCUCGUAUCUUUGAGCUCACCUGCUGCACUCAGUGUCUGAACUCCAUUUCACUGGCAUACCGGAGAUCCAAGAACAGCCUGUCGGAGCUGCUCAGUUCCAUCAACCUGUGGCAGAAGGUGCUCAAGGUCAUCGGGGGCAAGUUUGGAACCAGCGUCCUGUCCUAUUUCAACUUUCUCAGGUGGCUUCUGAAGUUCAACAUUUUCUCGUUCAUCGUGACCUUCAGCUUUAUCAUAAUCCCGCAGUUAACCGUGGCCGCAGAGAAUACCCUUCCAUUCACUGGACUGGAGUUUUUCACCGGGGCGGAUUAUUUUAGUGACACAGUGAUGUACUAUGGCUUUUACACCAACUCUACAAUCCAGCACGGGGACGGUGCGGCGUCCUAUGAUAUGCCGCUAGCCUACAUCUUCACAAUCGGAGCCUGUUUGACCAUCUGCUUUUUCAGUUUGCUGUUCAGCAUGGCCAGGCAUUUCCGGAAAAACUUCAUUAACCCCCACGUUUACUCCAGAGGGAUCACUAAGCUUAUUUUUUGCUGGGACUUCACUGUCACUCACGAAAGAGCUGUGAAGCUGAAACAGAAGAACCUAAGCACUGAGAUAAAGGAGAACCUGUCAGAAAUCCGUCAGGAGAAUGUCAAGUUGACGCUCAGUCAGCGGCUGAGCCGCUGGUCUACUCACCUGGCAGCCUGGGUUGUGUCCACCAGCCUGGCCAUUGCCUGCUGUGUCGCUGUUUAUUACCUGGCUGAGAACAACACAGAGUUCCUGGAGAGCCACAAGGACCCCGGGGCGGUGCUGUUACUGCCUUUCGUUGUUUCCUGCAUCAACCUGGCCGUGCCACGCUUCUACUCCGCGUUCAGGCUGGUGGAGCAGUACGAGAUGCCACAGCAUGAAGUCAGCGUCCUUCUGAUCCGAAACAUCUUUCUGAAAAUGUCAAUCAUUGGAAUUCUUUGUUACUAUUGGCUCAACAUCGUGGCCCUAACUGGUGAAAAGUGUUGGGAAACCCUCAUUGGCCAGGAAAUCUACCGGCUCCUUCUGAUGGAUUUCGUGUUCUCUUUAGCUGACUCCCUCCUGGGGGAGUUCCUGAGGAGAAUCAUUGGGAUGAAGUUCAUCACAAGCCUUGGCUUACCAGAGUUCGACAUUGCCAGGAAUGUCCUAGAACUGAUCUACGCCCAGACUCUGGUGUGGAUUGGAACCUUCUUCUGCCCUCUGCUGCCUUUUAUCCAAAUGAUUACUCUUUUCAUCAUGUUUUACGUCAAAAAUGUCAGCCUGAAGAUGAACUUCCAGCCUCCGAGCAAAGCCUGGCGGGCCUCACAGAUGAUGACUUGCUUCAUCUUUGUGCUCUUUUUCCCGUCCUUCACCGGCGUCCUCUGUACCCUGGCCAUCACCAUCUGGAGGUUGACGCCGUCGGCUGACUGCGGCCCGUUUCGGGGUCUGCCUGUCUUCAUUCAGUCCAUCUACACCUGGAUCGACAUCCUGAGUCACAGGCCCAGCUACCUGUGGGUGGUCUGGAUCUACCAGAACCUCAUUGGGAGCGUGCACUGCUUUUUCAUCCUCACCCUCAUUGUCCUAAUCAUCACCUAUCUUUACUGGCAGAUCAUACAAGGAAGGAAGGUUAUGAUCAGACUGCUUCAUGAACACAUCGUUAACGAGGGCAAAGAUAAAAUGUUCCUGAUAGAAAAGUUGACGAAGCUGCAGGAGGCAGAGAAGAGAGCAAACCCCAGCUCGUUGACACUAGAAAGGCGAGAUGAAGAGCAGCCGAGCCCUUUGCACGCCAGGGGACAUGACGCCACUCAUGGUGAGUGACCAAACUGGCCCGAAGACCAGAUUUAUCCAGCUGACACACCCCAGACAGAGGGCAGAAUUGCUCACGUCUCAGUUACUCAUUCAAUUGCAAGAACUGACCCAAGCAGGCUUGAGCACAAACCCGAGAAUAAUUCUUGCUUUAGAAGCUGGGGUUCACAAUAUGUCACCAGCACCUGGUUUCUUCCUGUUCAAUUAUUGUCCGUGUUAGCUCCUUUCUCAAAAAGGCGCGUCCUAAUAAUUCGGUGCAAGACCGCUUUAUCGGCUUCUUCCGUCUUCUCAGAUUCAAGCCUAGUGGGCAAGCUUGAGAGACCCAGAAUUCUCAUGGUGUUUCACUGAUCUGAGUAGGUGAGGGGCUCCUCGUGACCCAGUUGCUGGGGCCAAGCAAACGUGAUGAUGUCAUUGGUCAGAUCUGAGUCCCAGGCUGUACAAGACGGGUGGAACGACCAUACAGACCGCAGGGACAAAGACUGGGGAAGAGUGGCUUCCGAAAGGAAAUCUGUGGCUGACGCCAGAAGGGCAAGGCACGCUGGGGAGGAAACAAACAAACCCAUUCGUCUGUAUUGGGAUAGCAUUUCCUGAGAGCAUCCAAUGAAAGGAGUUCAAGAGGCAGCACUGAAGAUUCUUGAAGAGCCAGGGAGGGCACGAGAAGCGGAGCGAUACCGAAGGCCAAUUUGGUCUUUCCCUGGGAGACGUGGGGCGGUGUGGGUCUGUGCUAACUUCUCUUUCCCGUGUCAGCCCCAGACCUGCGAUUCAGGCGAUCCGUUCAAGAAGAGAAUGCAUCAGCCUGACAAUGAGUGUGGUAGCCAGACACAUAUCAAAGGAGGAAAGAAGAUAGAAAGGGAAGCACUUCUUCCAGGAUACCUGAGUCUUUUGGAGCUUCCCGGAAUUCAAACCAUUUGCCCGGAGUCGAAACUGAUCACAGUGUAAAUACUGAAGUAAAAAUUGGCCAUUCCCUGCAGGUGUUUUACACUUGAACUGCUGAUUUUUCAACAGAUCGUAUUGGGGAUUUUCUAAUGAAGACUGUUGUAAUAUUUCAACUAAUUCGCAAAAACCUGGUAAGAGAGAAUGUGGGAAUGAUGUAUUUUAUCUUUAAGAGAGAUGUGCAUGAGUUAUCAGCCCUUAGAAAUCUCUCCUGCCACAUGCUCGCACACCCGGCAAAGGUUCAGAAACUGGUGCUAAGACGAGCGGUCCAGCCUGAAUAAAAAUGUGAUCUUCCAUCAGGGCCCCGGAGCCUCUGAUUUGUGAAACCUGCAAUCUGUUCAUGACUUUGAACUAAAAACGUCGCACGUUCCCCAAAGGUGAAAUACAUUGGAGGUCUCGUCUAUGAACUUUGUUGCACAUCGAGUACAUGAGUCUUUGGGGUAGGACUGGAACUCGGCCC